CAUAUAUAUAAUAUAUAUUGAAAUAGCGUCGCUAAAUCCGAAAUAAAGCCCAGGUCAAAAAAGUAGCCGAUAAAAUACGUUAAACACUUACGAAAUGACAUCGACUAACAUCGUUGAAGCAUCAUCGCUGGAUCUUCUCAAUCAUAUGUCAUUAUCUGAAGUCGUUGCGAGGAAGAAAGAUCUAGAAAAUGAGAAGAAAAGUGUAAAUGAUCGCCAAAGCUUUUUGGAAAAGCAGAGAGAUGCGAUGUUGAGAAUUAAUAAAACGUUCAGAAACUGGUUGACACAUUUGCAAAAGAAGGUGGACCGCAAUAACCAGCAAGUUCCAUACUUGUGGUGCAUUAAAGAUCUUUGCAAGAUGAUCCUCUCAACGCUGGGAGACAGAGAUGGAGAUUUCUACAUCCAAGUGAAGCACGUUUAUGCUGAAGAUGUCCCAGGAGUUUCCCUCGUUUGCGAGAGGUUGGAAGAACUUAGAAAGCUCGUGACUAAGAUAGACCAUGAUGAAGUGACGUACAAGCCUGGGUUUGUUGAGGAUAUGCAUCAUGUUUUGGGAACGAUAUUGGGGUUAACUGGGACAGUUCUGGAUGUAUAUUUUUGAAGAUUGAUGUCAAAUGUUUAUGUUUAAUACAUUUUU